GACCAUCUUUGACGACACAUUCAUCGGUUAUAGUCAAUUGAUAUCCAUCACAAUGCCUAGCAGUGAAGUGCUGCGGACGCUGAGAUGGCUCACUCGCAGCGCCAACGGUGUGCUUAAGCAGCCAGAAACCUUGAUGCAAGGAUGCGCGAAUUCUUCGUCCCGGCUUAUGGCAACUAUCUCGGAAGCGUCUCAUGAACGAUUUACUCAAACCGACAGCACCGAUGCCUCAAGGACGCCUUGGCAACCUCCUGCUCCUGCCCUUGUGACCAUUCACUCCUUUCCAUCCAUGACACCCCUACGCUUCGAGGAAUAUUCCCCAGACCAUCUCUUAGUACCGCUAAGAAGGGAUUUACUACAUCGUGCCGUUGUCUACGAAGGUGACAAGACUCGCCAAGGUACUGCCAGCACAAAAUGGCGUGACGAUGUACAUGGAAGUGGACGAAAGCUCGCUCCUCAAAAGGGUACCGGUAAUGCGCGUGUCGGAGACAAGAAAUCCCCUAUUCGAAGAGGUGGUGGUGUCGCGCAUGGUCCUCACCCACGAGACUUCUCUACCGAUCUACCUAGGAAAGUGUACGACAAGGCUUGGAGGAUUGCACUGAGCUAUCGCUACACUCGCGGACAGCUAUUGGUUGUCGAUAAUAUUCAAACGCCCGACAACUCCUCGCCGUGGUUUUGGAAACGGUUCUUCGAGGUUAAUCUGUGGGGCAAGAACCAUGGAGGCUGCACUUUUGUGAAGGAUCGUAUGGAUGAGGAUCUGUUCGGCGCCAUCUCCGAGUUUAAACAACAUGCUAGAAUACUCGACAGACCGGAUCUGGAUGUGAAGGAUAUCUUGAAGAAUGGGAAGAUGAUUAUUGAACAGAAGGCCUUGAACAAAAUUCUGCGAGACCACUCCAGAGAUCUUCCCAGACCACCACCUAAGGCUACCUACCCUGAGGGAAUGUAUUUCUCUUGAUUGGUGAUGCGGAUUUGUAUUAUAUUUCAGAAGGAAUGGAGUAUUUUCUUGUUAUGUAAUUCGACUAUUGAAUAAAUAUACAGUUUUCUUCGUCUUU